AUGUGGUGGAUGCUGUUCCCUCGAUGGAUCUGGUUUCUCUUGGGACGAUGUUGUAUUCUGCUCCUGGUUCUGGACGGGUUCCGCGCCAGGGCGAUGCCCAUGUCCGUGGCGAAAGUGGUGUAUUCCCACGCGGGCAUGUGCCCCAACGACAUGAACCCCAACCUGUGGGUGGAUGCCAUGAGCACCUGCAUGCGCGAGUGUGAAUCCGACCAGGACUGCGAGGCGUUCGAGAAGUGCUGUGCCAACGUAUGCGGCAACAAGAGCUGUGUGGCAGCGCGGUACAUGGACAUUAAGGGCAACAAGGGCCCCAUUGGGAUGCCAAAGGGCGCCACCUGUGACAAGUUCAUGUGCACUCAGCAGGGGUCUGAGUGUGACAUCUGGGAUGGCCAGCCUGUCUGUAAGUGCCGGGACCGCUGUGAGAGAGAGCCUCACUUCACCUGUGCAUCUGAUGGCAUGACCUAUUACAAUAAGUGCUACAUGGAUGCAGAGGCCUGCUCAAAGGGUAUCUCUAUCUCUGUGGUCACCUGCAGGUACCACUUGACCUGGCCAAACACCAGCCCCAUUCCUGUGGAGACCACCCUUCGCCCUACCACUACACUUCAGACCACUCUACCAGCUGACAUUCACCCCCCAACCAUGCUUAGUGGCCCCACCCAACAGGCUGUGUUUGUGGGUGAGACAGCCAGCUUCUUGUGUGAGGUGUCUGGGAAGCCACGACCGGAAAUCACCUGGGAAAAACAGUUAGAGGGCAAGGAAAACAUUAUAAUGAAGCCUAAUCACGUCCGAGGGAAUGUUGUGGUCACCAACAUUGGCCAGUUGGUCAUAUACAAUGCUCAACUCAAGGACGCUGGCAUAUACACAUGUACUGCCAGAAAUGUCGGUGGUACCAUAUCAUCCCACUUUCCCUUGGCGGUGAUUAGGAGAGAACCGAGAGGUAAAAAUGCAGAAGUUAAUAGCACCAAUUUGCCCUUUCCAGCAGAGGAGUGCCUGAAAAGUCCAGAUACAGAUGACUGCGGUGAAGAGAGCAUGAGCUGGUACUACGAAUCAAAGAGGAACAAUUGUUUCACCUUCACCUACAGCCAGUGCAAUAAAAACCGUAACCAUUUUGACACCUAUGAAGCCUGCAUGCUGUCAUGUGGGGCAGAACUAUCUGCACCCUGUAGCCUUCCCAGCCUCCAAGGACCCUGCAAGGCCUAUGAACCUCGUUGGGCAUACAGUAGCAGCCUCAAACAGUGCCAGUCCUUUGUAUAUGGAGGCUGUGGCGGCAAUGAGAACAACUUUGAGUCCAAAGAAGCCUGUGAAGAGAUGUGCCCCUUUCCGAAGAACCUCAACUGCAAGAUAUGUAAACCACGGGCCAAAAUGGUGACGAGCUUCUGCAAGAGUGACUUUGUGAUAUUGGGGCACGUAACAGAGCUGACAGAGGAGCAAGAGUCGGGCCAUGCUCUGUUGACAGUGGAGGAGAUCUUGAAGGAUGAGAAGAUGGGUCUCAAGUUCUUUGGCAAAGAACCCUUGGAGGUGACUCUGUUGAACAUGGACUGGAAGUGCCCCUGUCCCAAUAUCACUAUGGCUGAAGGACAGCUGAUCAUUAUGGGAGAUGUUCACAAUGGCAUGGCCGUGCUGCAGCCUGACAGUUUUGUAGGCUACUCCAGUACCCGGAGGGUAAGAAAGCUUCGAGAAGUCAUUCAAAAGAAGACGUGUGAUUUUCUUAAAGAGUUCCCUACCAGCCAGUAG